GGGCAUCCUCUUCUCCAUCCCUCUAACGGGCGCCGCUGGGACUAUAGCAUCAUCAUGUCUGGCAGGCAUAGCCUUUUGUUUUACUUCAACAGCUGCGUCCAUGUUCUUCAAAUCCUGUAACUGCAACUCCUCGAUCGCGACCCGUGUUGGCUUUGCAAUUAUAUUCUGCUUGAACUCCAUGUUCGCCUGGCUCAUGAAGACUCCACUCGCCAUCAAGCAGCUCGAGAAAAUAAGCCAUGGAUAUCUUGAGAUGGAUUGCUCAGGCGGUAAAUGUUAUGGUGUGCUGGCCGUCCAUCGAAUCUGCUUUGCGCUGUCGUUGUUCCACUUCAUCCUUGGCGCACUCUUGGUCGGUGUUAGGGAUACGAAAGACAAACGUGCUGCCCUUCAGAAUGGAUGGUGGGGUCCAAAAGUCCUGCUUUGGCUAGUCCUCGUUGUCGUCUCGUUCUUCAUUCCCAACGGUUUCUUCAUGUUCUGGGGCAACUAUGUCGCCAUGAUGGGUGCCACCGUAUUCAUCGUCCUCGGCCUCGUUCUGCUCGUUGACUUCGCCCAUUCAUGGUCGGAGACAUGUCUCGAGAACUGGGAGAGCUCCUCGAACUCCAACCUCUGGCAGUGGAUCCUCCUUGGCUCUACUGCGGGCAUGUACGCAGCCACGGCUGCGCUGACCGGCGUUAUGUUCGGCUUCUUCGCAGGCUCGGAGUGUGGUCUCAACCGGUUCUUCAUCUCAUUCAACCUUGCCUUGUGCAUCCUCAUCACUAUCCUCUGCAUCCACCCGACGAUUCAAGAGCACAAUCCUAGGUCUGGUCUUGCCCAGUCGAGUAUGGUCGCCGUCUACUGCACUUAUCUGACCAUGUCCGCCAUCGGUAACCACGAGCACGACCAGUGCAACCCUCUGCAGAAGUACCGCGGCAGCGUCCAGGGCGCCAGGACCACGACCCUCGUUCUCGGCGCUGUCUUCACUUUCCUGGCGAUUGCGUACUCUACCAGCAGGGCUGCCACACAAAGCAGUGCGCUGGUUGGCAAACACAAGAAGGGAGCUAUCGAGCUUCCUCCAGACAACGAGCACUCGGAACUGGGUGUCGUCAGUACUCAACCGAGCCGUACCGAAACCCCGAGAUAUCAGGCUCUGUUGGCCGCAGUGGAAGCAGGAGCGAUCCCUGCAUCUGCUCUGGAAGAGGAAGAUGACGACGACGACGACGGUCCUGUUGGCGAACUCCGAGACGAUGAGCGCACCGGCACCCGCUACAACUAUGCUUGGUUCCAUAUCAUCUUCGCCAUCGGUGCAAUGUACGUGGCCAUGCUUCUGACUGACUGGAACGUCGUCCGCGCCGGGACUGCCUUGUCUCCCGACAAGGAGAACGACGUCUACAUCGGCCGGUCCGAGGUAGCCAUGUGGAUGCGGGUCGUCUCCAGCUGGGCGUGUAUUCUCCUUUACAUCUGGAGCUUGGUCGCGCCAGUACUGAUGCCCGACAGAUUUGAAGAUUAGUGAACGUGACAUGCUAUGGCCACGACGAUAGUUGUAUCUAUUCUGUAUCAAUUAUGGAUCACAUUGGAAUAUUGU